CAGGAAGGCGGAUGUUGUCGUCUCUGCGACGGCCAAAGCCGGCAAGAUGGCAUCUCCUGGUGGGGAGCUUGGGGGCUUGUUUGACCACCACGUCCAGAGGUCUGUGUGCGACUCGCGGGCCAAGUAUCGGGAGGGGAGACGGCCUCGUGCGGUCAAGGUGUAUACAAUCAAUUUGGAAUCUCAGUACUUAUUAAUACAAGGAGUUCCUGCAGUGGGAGCAAUGAAGGAAUUAGUUGAGCGGUUUGCUCUAUAUGGUGCAAUUGAACAAUAUAAUGCUCUAGAUGAAUACCCAGCAGAAGACUUUACAGAAGUUUAUCUUAUUAAAUUUCAGCAUCUACAAAGUGCAAGGAUAGCCAAGAGGAAAAUGGAUGAACAGAGUUUCUUUGGUGGAUUGCUUCACGUGUGCUAUGCUCCAGAAUUUGAGACAGUUGAAGAAACCAGAAGAAAAUUACAAGAGAGGAGUGCUUAUGUAGCCAGAACUACUAAAAAUAAAGAUCAUUAUGUGACAAAGAAGAAACUGGUUACAGAGAAUCAAGAUGCAAAACAUUUUAGACAGGACUUCCAUUCAAAGAGAUCUGGAUUUUGUGCAGCCACUUUGAACGUAUCUCCUGGGAACGCAGAUCCUUGUCUUCCUUAUUCUUGUGAAUUGCCUUUGUGUUAUUUCUCCCCAAAAUGUACAUGUUCGUCAGGAAAGCAUGUGGGCGGAGCAUCAAACUCCUCUCAGGAUGGUAGAAACUGUGAUGAAACACUGGAGCAUUGGAACCACAAUGACUCUCUGCAGAAAAUGCAGAUGAAAACUUUAAAAAAUUCAUUACCCUGUCCUGGUGCACAGAAUCGUAUUACGCCUUCAGAAGCAGUUGACAGAUUUAUGCCUAGGACAACACAACUGCAGGAGCGGAAAAGAAGAAGACAAGAUGAUUGUAAACUUGGAACUUUUCUUGAAGCAAGCACUAGUAGUAAUGAGGUUAUGAUUGGGCCUCUGUUACCAGACAUACCCAAGGUGGACAUGCACGAUGACUCGUUGAAUACAACAGCGAAUUUAAUUCGGAAUAAACUUAAAGAGGUAAUUUCAUCUGUGCCAAAGCCUCCAGAGGACAAGCAGGGAGAUAUGCAUACAACUCAUCCAUUAAAACAAAGAAGAAGAAUAUAAAUUGCCUGCAGUAAAUCAGUAUUUUCUAAAGAACUAUUUAUUUUUUAUCUUCAGCCUGUCAUUUUAAUUCUUGAAGAGAUUUUACUGCUGGUAUUUUUUUACUGCACCCUUUGUAAUUUCAUUCAAGCUACUUUUCUAAUAUAGUUUCACCUUUUAAAAUUAGUUUAUCAUGGGCAAAGUACAUGCCAGCCAAUUACGUCCCUUCCAGAAGCUCCACCCAGUGACUUAGGUUACAUCAUAUUGGCUAGAACUGAGCCCGUGCAUGUACCUUCCUGAGGGGGCUGGAAUGUCAGACGUUCAGGUUUCCAACCUCUGUGGUCGAGGAAGCAAGAGAAAAGAGGGUUGUGAAUGGCUGAUUCACAAUAUUUGCCCCAAGAUGGCAAGGUUGCUGGCUAACCUAAUGAAUAAAUAAAUAAAUAAAUAAGUUAGUUUAUUAUUAGCUAGUAUAGAUGUUAUCUUGACCCAUACUUAAUAUACAGGAACCAUUCUUACAACAUUACUUACCACAUUGCAGUCACUGUAUGUAAAUUAAUUGAAGCAAAUAUAGAAACUUUACAAUACAAAUAAAGAUAGGCAACCAGAUCUGUUUCUGAUUUUAAUAAUUUUGAGUUACUCAUAUUCAAAAACUAGAAGUCAGGAUGUGUUAGAAUGCCAGGGCUUCAAAAUCAAGACAAUUCUGUAAAGCAAAAAAGUUAAUAAACUAUUAGAA